AUGGGCUCUAAUCUCGGUACUUUCGAGGAUGCGGAUGUGUAUCCUUUUAGGGAGUUACCAGCAUAUCGUCGUAGAAGAGCUGGUGGGAAGAACGUCUAUUUAUACCCCCAACCAGAGGCGUAUGGUCGUGUUGCUGCAGUAUGCAUUGGGGAAUCUAUUGAUCUAGAUGAGAUCAAAAUGGGAUGGACUCAGAUUCAAGCUGGAUCCAGGGACAGCUAUAAAGGUUCCGCUGCCGGCCUCGUUGGUGGUGAUCUUGUAACUGAUGCCGUAUCAAUAGAGAAACGAGUAUAUGACCUCGGCUGUGCCCGGAGUACGGACUCUGCGUCAAGAAUGCUUUUUGAAUCGGAAAUUAACGACCUUGUAGCCCGUCAUCCCUGUCGAAGCCUCUGCAGAGCUGUUGUUACUGAGCUUAUCGCAUGCUUGAGGCCAACUGUAAAGCGAUGCCUUACCAUCCUACCUAUUGACACCUCGAAGGCUCUACUCAAUUCAAGUCAUUCUACUGAGGUACCUCAAUGGGUCUUGGAGGAUAUCAUCACCACUACUCUACAAGUCCCCCUCCCCGGUGGUAAUCAGACCUUCAAUGAUAUCAUCAGCGUCAUCUUGAGUGCAGGAGGUGUUCCGGUUACCUCGGCAUUGAUGUUGGUUGCAGAAAGGCUUCUACGAACGGUCUAUAGGGGUAGUCAUGAAGGAGUACGAGGGCUUGUAUACUUGCUAGCCAACAUCCAACAGAAGCUACUACCGAUGUUAAUCGAUUGUUGUCCUGUUAUCUACAAGGAUGAUAUACCCGUGCGAUACCUCCUCAUAGCGGCCGUUAUGGCUCUGCAGGACCCCCGACUGUCGUCUAGUACAAGAGAGUAUCCACUGGAGGUACCAGGCUCUCUAUCAUUAGCUGCAAUGUGGUUGGAGUGGUCUAAGACGAUGAUGGAUGGUGAUGCCUCGAUUACCAAUGAGGACCUGCCUCCGCUGGCUAUUGCUACACUCCUUUAUCGUCUGUCCACUUGUGCUUCUGAAGUGGAUGAGCAUGCGGUGGUAUGUUUGGUAUCGGGCCGAGGAUUCUCUCUGCGUAUGCUACCACACAUAGCGUUAUUGAUACCUAAGCUGUCAUCAAAGGGAACUGAGAUGCUGGCUUUCGCUAUGGCGGCUCAUCUAGGGUCUCAUACGGAGAUCUCGAAGCAUGCUGCAGUGAAGGUUAUACCGGACGUCUAUAUUGAUAAGCUACUUGAUGGGCUCGUUGAGUGCCAUAUGGAAGACUCCUACAUACAGCUCUUGGAGGCUUAUACCACUGAGUGA